GUUUAAAUGAUAGAUCACUGGUUCACCCUCCGGUCCAGCAGGGGGCGGCAGUGAGCAGAGAGGAGGCAUCGCCAUACAGAAGAAGAAGAAUCUCUGGAGCCCUAGACAGACGUGGACCCAGUAGUCUUAUCUCAGCGCAGACGUGGACCCGGCAGUACCGGUAGUGGACCCGGUAGUGGACCCGCUAUCUCCUCAUGGCCGUGGAGCUGUACCUGCUCGCCGCCGCCCUCCUCGUGCUGCUCCUCGCGCUCGGGCUGAGGGCGCGAACACGAGCACAGCAAAAUGAUGAAGAGGAGGAGCAGCGGAGGCCCGUGACCCGGGCAGCAGGGCCCCCUCAGCGGGCAGCAGAGGAGCGAGGAGCCGGGAUGCCUCGCAGGAGGAGGACCCUGGCUGCAGGGGUGGCCUCCAGGCAGCAGAGAGGGGCCCUGGAGCCAGUGUCCUCAGAAAGAGGAGAGGAGGAGGAGGAGGAGCAGGACCUCACGCCCACUGUGAAGGUUGGAGCCAAGAAGCAGAAGAAGAUGGAGGAGAAACAAGCCAGUGCCCAGAGGAGGUGAGCGGAGCUGGAGGAGAGGGAGGAGAGGAAGAGGAUGCAGGAGCUCCGAGAGCAGGAGAGCCGCCAUGAGGACCAGAGGGAGAGACAGCUGGAGCAGAGACAGGAGGAGGACGAGCUCCGGGCGAAGGAGGAGCAGGACCGGCGUGAGGAGGAGGAGUACUCGGGCUGAAGGCCCCUUCAUCGAGACCAGGGCGGUGAGGAGCAGCUCACCGGAGACCAGUCACGGAACCUGCUGCAGGACUUCAUCCAGCACAUCAAGAGCUCCAAGGUGGUCCUCCUGGAGGACCUGGCCUCUCACUUCGGCCUGAGGACUCAGGACGCCAUCGACAGGCUGCAGGACCUGCUGGCUGACGGAUCCCUCACAGGAGUGAUUGACGACCGGGGGAAGUUCAUCUCCAUCACCCAGGAGGAGCUGGACUCCGUGGCCCGCUUCAUGAGGCAGCGGGGCCGGGUGUCCAUCACGGACCUGGCUCAGGCCAGCAACUCCCUCAUCAACCUGCUGCCCGAGGGCCUGGGCCCCGCCUGAGGGACGCCGAGGGACCCCUGACACAGCAGGACCCCCUCGUCGCCGCCUGAGGGACCCCAGACCGGUCUGCACAGUGAUGUCUCUUGUGGACAUCAGGAGACGUCCUGGUCCUCCAGGUGGAUCGUGCAGUAAAUACUCUGACAUUAACAAACCGACUCAGUGUUGUUGUUGUUGUUUACUGCGUCGUUACUGCACACCAACAUUAAAGAGGUCAACACCAUCUUACUGUAAAUAACGUCACAUUGUGACGUCUGUUGGAUCUAAAUAAAAGUCUUUGCUCGGC